CCUGGAUGUUGCUCAGGGCAAACAAGAGAAUUUUAUCUCCAGCGCCGAAGAUAGGAAGUUUUGUGCCUUGUUAAUUUAUUACACAUUGUACUUGGUUUCUCCCAGCUGGGAGGAGGGGAAGUGGAGAGGCUCUCACUCUCUCCUUAGCCCUCCAGCCUUAUGAUCUGCCUUGCAAGCCAUGACUUUGAGCUCUGAAAUGUCCGAUGCCUCUGUCCUUGCUGAUGAAACCGACAUUGACGUGGUCGGAGAGGACGAGGAGCCCAGGGGGAGCUCCUUUGCGGAUGAAGAAGAUGAAGAGGAUGAGGUGGUAGCAGAGCUUCGUGGUGGCAUCUUGAUGCCAAGCUCCUCAACCAAAGACUCCUACAAGCCUGUAAGCAAAAACACAUUGGUGAAGCCUCCUUACUCUUAUAUUGCCUUAAUAACUAUGGCCAUCCUCCAGAGUCCCAAAAAGAGACUGACCCUCAGUGAGAUCUGUGAGUUCAUCAGCAACCGAUUCCCUUACUACAGGGAGAAGUUCCCUGCCUGGCAGAACUCCAUCAGGCACAACCUCUCUCUCAAUGACUGCUUUGUUAAGAUACCCAGGGAACCUGGCAAUCCGGGCAAGGGUAACUACUGGACAUUGGACCCGGAAUCUGCAGACAUGUUUGAUAAUGGCAGCUUUCUUAGGAGAAGGAAACGUUUCAAAAGGCAACAAGUUCCAGAGCUAAUGCUGAGGGACCCCGGCCACUUCCUCCCUGCAGCUGCCUAUGGGUAUGGACCCUACAGCUGUGGAUAUGGGAUCCAGCUGCAGCCUUACCACCCUCAUUCUGCCUUGAUUGCCUUCCAUUCACAAACUCAGCACGCAGCCAGACAGCCGCCCAGCGCACAAGGACUCCCACCUCCCUCACUCCUGGCACCUGCGGCAGAACUGGCAAGGACCUGCACCUUCUACCCUCACCAGCUUAGCACAGCUCUGCCAGCGUCUCUGCAGGCUACCAAGACCAAUUCAACUGUCAAAUCCACAUUUUCCAUAGAGAGCAUCAUAGGAGCAGACAUUAGCCCAGUGCCAUGCAACCCUUCCAAAGUUGCUGGGGCCCCUGUGAUAUCCAGGGCUCUGGUGACUUUUUCCAAUUCUCCAACAGCAGCCUUAGGUGGGGCACUGCAAUCUGGGACACUUCUAACAAAUGGAGAAAGCUUUACCUCUAGGAUAUCAAAUUGUUAAUCAAAACCUAAGAAGGUAGGAUAUUUUCAUGUGGUAUUUGCCUUUUUUUCUGUGUGUUAAACAAGAAAGGCUUUGCCAAGUGUCCUGGCCGAAACGUUGUCUAUAUUUAUACCAUAUAUUGGUAACCUGCAGAAAAAAACAAUACAAAAACUGUUUACAGUCAGUUGGUACCUUAAUGUCAUAGUUUUUAAAAACUAAGCUUUCAACAGAUUGAGAGAUUUACGGGUUCUCAGGUCCAAAAAUGUAUAUGAACUGUCUAGCAAAUACAAUCAAAGCAAUAUCCAUCUGUAUGCAUUUUAGUGCAUAAUAAACAAGUGCUUUUAAUAAUAAUAAUAAUAAUAAUAAUUUACAUGUUUACACAGAAAAAACUGAUUUUUCUUCUUCCAAUUUUACUUUAACCUGUGUUUUGUAUUAUAACAGACUGAUUGGAUUGUUUCUAUUUUGUACUUAAGUGUUCUUACUUGCAUCGAAACAUGUAAAAGUACUGCCAAGUAUUAUUAUUGUACCAAGCAAAUGUAAGAUUUUUUUUCCACAUUUUCAGAAAAUAAAAUGUUUAAUUUAAAAAAAACAA